AUGGACAAGAAGAUAAAAUCUGCUCAGCACAAAAAACUCGUCGCAGUGGAAAACAUUAAGGCGCUGGAGCGCUUUAAGCAGAACUUCAAACCCGAAAAUGUAGGUGAAAUCCCGGAGGUUAUGGAGGGUUUGGAGCAACACAGACAGGACUUUUUUGCCGCGGUGGCAAAGCUGGAAGAGUAUGACGACACCAGUGAUGCGAUUCAAGCCUGUAUUACUGACAGGAUCGAUAUGGAAGAGCGCUGCCGGCGGCUAAAAUCGUUCCUUAGAGAAAACCAGCGGAAGGAAGCCAAUUCGCUCAACGACUCCUUAUUGGCAAACUCAACCCUAGCGUUUGGACGGCCAAACACAUCAAACAUACGUUUUCCCAAAAUCGAAUUACCAACGUUCGACGGUGAUUCGACAAAGUGGUUGUCAUUCCGCGAUCGCUUUGUCGCGAUGAUUGACGCAAGUGCCGAGCUGCCGCCAAUUGCAAAACUGCAGUACUUACUUUCGUCCCUGAAAGGUGACGCUGCGGUUCCCUUCGAACAUGUUACUCUGACCACGGAAAACUAUUCUGUUACCUGGGCUGCGCUGCUUAAGCGAUACGACAACUCACGGAUGCUCAUUCGCGAGUACUGGCGACGGCUACAUUUCCUACCUGCGAUUGCAACAGAAAGUGUCGAUGGUUUGACGUCAUUGGUAGAUGAAUUCGUGCGAUAUGUGAAUGGGUUGCAGAAGCUGCACGAACCUGUCGACUCAUGGGACACGCCUUUGUCAAACAUGUUGCUGAUGAAGCUGGACAAUGAGACCAUUCUGGCGUGGGAAAGGCAUUCUGUGCAUAAGAAGAAGGACAAGUACAGCGAGUUGAUCGAAUUCCUGCAAGACCGAAUUCGAAUCCUAAAAUCGAGCCAGAGUAUCUCGUGCGAUCGGAUUGUGGCUCCGAUCAAGGUGGCCGGGGCACAUCGGCCCACCGCACCACGGCGGUCGGUAACCAACGCUGCUUCUGUGCAAAGGAAUACUCCCGUUUCAUCGACCAGUCAACAAGUGACCUGUCCAUUGCAGUGUGCAGAUCAUCACCUGGUUCGAAAUUGCCCGGUAUUUUUAGCCAAAAAUACUCAGGAGCGGCGAGAAAUCGCACGGUCAAAAGGUUUGUGCUGGAAUUGUCUCAGUUGUUCCCAUCAAGUGAGAUCGUGCAAAUCCGAGUAUUCUUGCCGUUCGUGCAAGGAACGGCAUCAUACGCUGCUUCAUCAACCACCACAACAACCUACAGUCGCUUUGUCAGCCCAAUCAGAUGAUGAUAUGGUGUUUCUCGAGACGGCUAUUGUGUUCAUCGUAGACGAUUAUGGAGAGAAACAUGAGGCACGGGCGCUUUUGGAUUCGGGCUCUAUGUCCAACUUCAUUUCGGAUACGUUAGCUCGGAAGCUCAUGACACCUCGAGCGAGAGUUAAUGUAUCAGUGUCUGGCAUCGGAACUUCAAGGCAGUAGAUAAAGGGUCCGACCACGGCGAUCGUUCGUUCAAGGGACCUUCAAUUCACCACCCCAUUGGAGUUUCUGAUCCUGGAUACACCCUCGGCGGACAUUCCCACCUCACCAAUCAACGUGUCUUCGUGGAACAUCCCGGAUGUAACGCUAGCAGACCCCACGUAUCACAUCCCAGGCAAGGUCGAUGUGGUCAUCGGUGGCGAUACGUUCUGGGAGCUGCAUACCGGACGCAAGCAAUCUCUCGGUUCGGGUCUGCCAUGGCUGGUAGAAACGCAGUUUGGAUGGGCGGUAGCAGGAAACACUACGCAUUCGUCUCAACAACAUCGGGUAUGUAAUAUGGCAACGAGCGACAGUCCGUUGGAAGCCAUAUUGACGCGGUUCUGGGAGAGCGAGACCAUCUUCGACGAGCCCGCUCUAUCUCUGGAGGAAGACAUGUGUGAACGUCAUUUCAUCUCUACUACAACCAGAGACCCAUCUGGCAGGUAUGUCGUACGUUUACCACAAAUUCCUAAUACGAAUAUCGUUUUAGGAGAAUCGAAAGCAAUCGCUGAUCGUCGUCUCCUAGCGGUGGAACGGCGGCUUAAGUCUAACCCUGCAAUGAAGGAGGAGUAUAGUAAAUUCCUGUCGGAGUAUGAGCGCUUAGGGCACAUGAAACAACUCACCGAGCCGGUGGACGAUUCGUGUGAACACUACUAUCUCCCUCAUCACGCGGUGCUUAAGGAAUCGAGCACAACCACCAAGGUCAGGGUAGUCUUUGACGCGUCGUGCAAGACAGCUUCUGGCUACUCCUUGAACGACAAACUCCUGGUUGGGCCGGUGAUCCAAGACGAUCUGUUCACCAUCAUCGUUCGUUUCCGGUCUCACGCAGUCGCACUCUCAGCAGACGUUGAGAAAAUGUAUCGCCAAAUUCUCCACGAUUCUCGCGACACUGAUUACCUGCGCAUUCGGUAUAGAAGAAACACCGCAGAGCCGAUUCAGACGUUCCAACUACAAACAGUAACAUAUGGCACGUCUUGCGCACCCUUCCUAGCAACAAGAACGCUAAAGCAGAUCGCUCUCGAUCACAAGAUGCAAUACCCCCGAGCAGUGGAUCCUGUAUUGCACGAUUUUUAUGUGGAUGACCUGCUAACGGGAACAGACGAGUUGGCAGAUGCAAUUGAAAUGCAAAGGCAGAUUUCCGAGAUGCUCAAGCAGGCUGGAUUCGUGUUGAAGAAGUGGGUAUCGAACGCACCCGAAGCACUAAUCGGCAUUCCUUCAGAAGACCUUGCCAUCCUUCCUACUCAUGAAUGGCAAGAUCCCCAAUUUGUAUCGACGCUUGGUCUGGUUUGGGAGCCAGCAGUUGAUAUGCUGCGAUAUCGGAUCGAUCUACCAACUGCUGCGACGAUGUUGACAAAGAGGCUAGCUUUGUCCUACAUCGCCAAAAUCUUUGACCCGCUGGGCUUGCUUAGUCCAACCAUUAUCAUCGCUAAGCUCUCUAUGCAACAGCUGUGGAAGUUGCAGGAAAACGGGAAGCCGUGGGAUUGGGAUCGUGAGCUACCAUCACAUCUCCAAAAGGAAUGGACGGCAUUUCAUUCCAAGCUGCAUUCACUUCGGGAAGUGCGCAUUCCGCGUUACACUUCAAUUCGGCAAGCAACAAACGUGCAGCUACACAUUUUCGCGGAUGCUUCUCAGGUGGCAUAUGGUGCUUGCUGUUACGUCAGGGCAGAAAACGAUUCGACAACAUCGGUGCAGCUGUUGGCUGCUAAGUCUAAAGUAGUAUCGUUGUCGAAUACACAUUCUAUAGCGAGACUCGAGCUUUGUGCAGCGCGGUUGGCAACGCAACUGUUCCGGAAGGUCAGUCAGUCCCUCAACGGCGAAUACGAUGCUUUCGCUUGGACUGAUUCCAUGACCGUGCUACAUUGGCUCAAUUCAGCACCACGGAGGUGGAAGCCUUUCGUUGCCAACAGGGUGGCACAAAUUCAAGGAGAAACCCGGAUCAAGUGCUGGAGGCAUGUUCCUGGUGUAGACAACCCAGCAGACGAUGCAUCGCGAGGUCUACUACCAGACAAAUUGCAAUCCUGUGAACGAUGGUGGCAUGGGCCACAUUGGUUGAGCAGCAAACAGGAAGAAUGGCCUAUAAGAGAACCUGCAAUUGAAGAAACGGCAUCAAUAGAAGAAGAACGGGUUACACAAUCACGAAUAGCUGCAAUGUCGAUGGAGGACGAUUUCAACAAUAAGCUAUUUGCACGGUUUUCAACCUACCUCAAACUUCGUCGAACCAUGGCGUAUUGUUUACGUUUCGUGCAAUGCAUGAGGACACCGAAACCCGCAAUUACCUCACCGACAGCCAAGGGUCAUGCUUCGAUUCAGGACAUGAUUAUAUUGAUUGCACCUCCAUCUCGAGACGAACUCAUCCAAGCUGAGCUGCAGUUGUGUCAGUUAGCUCAGCAAGAUUCAUUUGCGGACGAGUUAAAAACGGUCAAAACCGGCAAGGAUGUACCGCGCAAUUCGAAGCUGAAAUGGUUGUCCCCCUUUAUUGAUGAGGCGGGAAUCCUGCGUGUUGGUGGCCGGCUUCACAACGCACAAAUAGCAGAAUACACGAAGCAUCCUAUACUUCUUUCUGCAAAACACCCACUCGCUGCAUUGUUGGCAGUCGCGUAUCACCAGAAGUAUAUGCACACCGGUCCUGAACACUUAUUAUCCAUCCUUCGUGAACGCUUCUGGAUAAUUGGUGGCCGUAAUUUGACCAAGUUGGUUUUCCAUCGGUGUCACAAGUGUUUCAAGGCCAAACCUACACUGGUGCAACAAUCCGUUGCAGAUCUUCCGACAUCAAGGGUUACACCCACGAGACCGUUUGCUGUCAGUGGUGUGGACUAUUGCGGUCCGGUAUUGCUGAAGUCGCCUGUUCGCAAUAGAAGUCCCACCAAGGCAUACAUCGCCAUCUUCGUGUGCUUUGCAACACGAGCGGUCCACAUUGAGUUGGUGAAUGAUCUCACCACGGCGGCAUUUUUGGCAGCACUAAGGCGCUUCGUGGCUCGCAGAGGCAAAAUCGCGGAACUGCAUUCGGAUAAUGCUACUACGUUUAAGGGGGCUGCACACGAACUUCAUCGCCUCUACGAGAUGUUUAAGUGCAGCAAUAGCGAACGCAUCGAAAUCUUCAACUGGUGUGCCAAUGAAGAAAUUCAGUGGAAGUUUAUUCCACCUCGAGCGCCACACUUCGGAGGACUGUGGGAGGCUGCUGUACGAUCCGCUAAACAGCACCUAAUUCGCACGAUAGGAAGUACGAGCCUCACUCAGGAGGGAAUGGUAAUAUUGCUAGCACAGGUCGAACAAUGCUUAAAUUCAAGACCCCUGAUUCCACUUUCUAGUGAGCCUUCGGACACGCAACCACUCACUCCGGGUCAUUUUUUGGUAGGGUCGAACAUGCUGGCGUUGCCACAAGUUGAUAGGAGUCAGGUGUCAGCCAAUAGAUUGAAGGAGUUUGAUUUGGUGCAAAAGCAUAUGCAGCAUAUAUGGUCGCGUUGGUAUCCGGAAUACUUGCAGCAGCUUCAGGCCCGGGCCAAACGUUUAAUAGUUCCACCAGUGUCGCUAGAAGAAGGGCAAUUGGUAAUCAUAAAGGAAGACAAUAUACCACCUACCUUGUGGCCAAUGGGUAGAAUAACACGAUUGCACCCAGGAAAGGACGGCGUUGUUAGAGUAGUAACACUUCGUACAGCUGCAGGAAAGGAGAUAGUACGCGCAGCAGCUAGAUUGGCAAUCCUUCCAAAUCCAAACAUAGGUGAAGACAAUUAACCUCGAACACCAAAGUUAGGAGGCGAUCAGCGCGAAGCACAUGCGUAAUGUAAACAACCACACCGCACAUACACACGACACGAUACACGAAGUGACAGAUCGACACUUGCAACUUGUACAACACAACACCACACUUGCACAACAUUUGCUAUCUCUGAGGCGAAGUUAGAUCGAGAUACUUCUUCAUUUUCUUAUUUUUUUCAAUUGUAUUUUCUGAAUGUUUAAAGAAAUACUUUCUUUGGUGGCCGGAAUGUUGGAGAUUGAUCAUUUGAAUUUAUUAGUUCGAAUUCGAAAUUCGAACUCAAUUUAGAAAUAGGAUAGGAAAUGAACUCAUAGGCAUAGAUAAGGAUAACAGAAUGAACUCAAAAUGAAUUAUGUAAUGAACUCUUGACAAUUGAAUAUACAGUAGCAAACGGACAUUUGAACGAGUCGCAUUUAUUUUCAUAACCGGCACAAGUUUUUGUAAUUUUCGGGAAAGAAAACGAGUUGUACCACGUAGAUGAACAUUCGUGAGGUUUUCUCACAUUUUUGGUCCUUCGAACCGGAUACGUGCGUGCUAAGUGUUUUCUUUCGCUCUGCAUCAAGAGCAACGGCAAAUUCGGAACGCUCCGCAUCACGAGCACGGUGCAAGUCAUCAUUCGCGCCAUUUCGAAUUCUCGCGCUCGUUCAAGUUCAUUAGCCCUGCAGCAAGGGCAACGGUCGAAUUUUCGUGAUCGUGAAUCGUGGUUUAUUUUUCCCGCGUAAAUUCGAAUUGCUACAGUUCCGUGAACGUUCAUAUCGCGUUAUCGACAUUAUCGUGAAAAUCUGACGGAAGCUAAGAUGGACAAGAAGAUAAAAUCUGCUCAGCACAAAAAACUCGUCGCAGUGGAAAACAUUAAGGCGCUGGAGCGCUUUAAGCAGAACUUCAAACCCGAAAAUGUAGGUGAAAUCCCGGAGGUUAUGGAGGGUUUGGAGCAACACAGACAGGACUUUUUUGCCGCGGUGGCAAAGCUGGAAGAGUAUGACGACACCAGUGAUGCGAUUCAAGCCUGUAUUACUGACAGGAUCGAUAUGGAAGAGCGCUGCCGGCGGCUAAAAUCGUUCCUUAGAGAAAACCAGCGGAAGGAAGCCAAUUCGCUCAACGACUCCUUAUUGGCAAACUCAACCCUAGCGUUUGGACGGCCAAACACAUCAAACAUACGUUUUCCCAAAAUCGAAUUACCAACGUUCGACGGUGAUUCGACAAAGUGGUUGUCAUUCCGCGAUCGCUUUGUCGCGAUGAUUGACGCAAGUGCCGAGCUGCCGCCAAUUGCAAAACUGCAGUACUUACUUUCGUCCCUGAAAGGUGACGCUGCGGUUCCCUUCGAACAUGUUACUCUGACCACGGAAAACUAUUCUGUUACCUGGGCUGCGCUGCUUAAGCGAUACGACAACUCACGGAUGCUCAUUCGCGAGUACUGGCGACGGCUACAUUUCCUACCUGCGAUUGCAACAGAAAGUGUCGAUGGUUUGACGUCAUUGGUAGAUGAAUUCGUGCGAUAUGUGAAUGGGUUGCAGAAGCUGCACGAACCUGUCGACUCAUGGGACACGCCUUUGUCAAACAUGUUGCUGAUGAAGCUGGACAAUGAGACCAUUCUGGCGUGGGAAAGGCAUUCUGUGCAUAAGAAGAAGGACAAGUACAGCGAGUUGAUCGAAUUCCUGCAAGACCGAAUUCGAAUCCUAAAAUCGAGCCAGAGUAUCUCGUGCGAUCGGAUUGUGGCUCCGAUCAAGGUGGCCGGGGCACAUCGGCCCACCGCACCACGGCGGUCGGUAACCAACGCUGCUUCUGUGCAAAGGAAUACUCCCGUUUCAUCGACCAGUCAACAAGUGACCUGUCCAUUGCAGUGUGCAGAUCAUCACCUGGUUCGAAAUUGCCCGGUAUUUUUAGCCAAAAAUACUCAGGAGCGGCGAGAAAUCGCACGGUCAAAAGGUUUGUGCUGGAAUUGUCUCAGUUGUUCCCAUCAAGUGAGAUCGUGCAAAUCCGAGUAUUCUUGCCGUUCGUGCAAGGAACGGCAUCAUACGCUGCUUCAUCAACCACCACAACAACCUACAGUCGCUUUGUCAGCCCAAUCAGAUGAUGAUAUGGUGUUUCUCGAGACGGCUAUUGUGUUCAUCGUAGACGAUUAUGGAGAGAAACAUGAGGCACGGGCGCUUUUGGAUUCGGGCUCUAUGUCCAACUUCAUUUCGGAUACGUUAGCUCGGAAGCUCAUGACACCUCGAGCGAGAGUUAAUGUAUCAGUGUCUGGCAUCGGAACUUCAAGGCAGUAGAUAAAGGGUCCGACCACGGCGAUCGUUCGUUCAAGGGACCUUCAAUUCACCACCCCAUUGGAGUUUCUGAUCCUGGAUACACCCUCGGCGGACAUUCCCACCUCACCAAUCAACGUGUCUUCGUGGAACAUCCCGGAUGUAACGCUAGCAGACCCCACGUAUCACAUCCCAGGCAAGGUCGAUGUGGUCAUCGGUGGCGAUACGUUCUGGGAGCUGCAUACCGGACGCAAGCAAUCUCUCGGUUCGGGUCUGCCAUGGCUGGUAGAAACGCAGUUUGGAUGGGCGGUAGCAGGAAACACUACGCAUUCGUCUCAACAACAUCGGGUAUGUAAUAUGGCAACGAGCGACAGUCCGUUGGAAGCCAUAUUGACGCGGUUCUGGGAGAGCGAGACCAUCUUCGACGAGCCCGCUCUAUCUCUGGAGGAAGACAUGUGUGAACGUCAUUUCAUCUCUACUACAACCAGAGACCCAUCUGGCAGGUAUGUCGUACGUUUACCACAAAUUCCUAAUACGAAUAUCGUUUUAGGAGAAUCGAAAGCAAUCGCUGAUCGUCGUCUCCUAGCGGUGGAACGGCGGCUUAAGUCUAACCCUGCAAUGAAGGAGGAGUAUAGUAAAUUCCUGUCGGAGUAUGAGCGCUUAGGGCACAUGAAACAACUCACCGAGCCGGUGGACGAUUCGUGUGAACACUACUAUCUCCCUCAUCACGCGGUGCUUAAGGAAUCGAGCACAACCACCAAGGUCAGGGUAGUCUUUGACGCGUCGUGCAAGACAGCUUCUGGCUACUCCUUGAACGACAAACUCCUGGUUGGGCCGGUGAUCCAAGACGAUCUGUUCACCAUCAUCGUUCGUUUCCGGUCUCACGCAGUCGCACUCUCAGCAGACGUUGAGAAAAUGUAUCGCCAAAUUCUCCACGAUUCUCGCGACACUGAUUACCUGCGCAUUCGGUAUAGAAGAAACACCGCAGAGCCGAUUCAGACGUUCCAACUACAAACAGUAACAUAUGGCACGUCUUGCGCACCCUUCCUAGCAACAAGAACGCUAAAGCAGAUCGCUCUCGAUCACAAGAUGCAAUACCCCCGAGCAGUGGAUCCUGUAUUGCACGAUUUUUAUGUGGAUGACCUGCUAACGGGAACAGACGAGUUGGCAGAUGCAAUUGAAAUGCAAAGGCAGAUUUCCGAGAUGCUCAAGCAGGCUGGAUUCGUGUUGAAGAAGUGGGUAUCGAACGCACCCGAAGCACUAAUCGGCAUUCCUUCAGAAGACCUUGCCAUCCUUCCUACUCAUGAAUGGCAAGAUCCCCAAUUUGUAUCGACGCUUGGUCUGGUUUGGGAGCCAGCAGUUGAUAUGCUGCGAUAUCGGAUCGAUCUACCAACUGCUGCGACGAUGUUGACAAAGAGGCUAGCUUUGUCCUACAUCGCCAAAAUCUUUGACCCGCUGGGCUUGCUUAGUCCAACCAUUAUCAUCGCUAAGCUCUCUAUGCAACAGCUGUGGAAGUUGCAGGAAAACGGGAAGCCGUGGGAUUGGGAUCGUGAGCUACCAUCACAUCUCCAAAAGGAAUGGACGGCAUUUCAUUCCAAGCUGCAUUCACUUCGGGAAGUGCGCAUUCCGCGUUACACUUCAAUUCGGCAAGCAACAAACGUGCAGCUACACAUUUUCGCGGAUGCUUCUCAGGUGGCAUAUGGUGCUUGCUGUUACGUCAGGGCAGAAAACGAUUCGACAACAUCGGUGCAGCUGUUGGCUGCUAAGUCUAAAGUAGUAUCGUUGUCGAAUACACAUUCUAUAGCGAGACUCGAGCUUUGUGCAGCGCGGUUGGCAACGCAACUGUUCCGGAAGGUCAGUCAGUCCCUCAACGGCGAAUACGAUGCUUUCGCUUGGACUGAUUCCAUGACCGUGCUACAUUGGCUCAAUUCAGCACCACGGAGGUGGAAGCCUUUCGUUGCCAACAGGGUGGCACAAAUUCAAGGAGAAACCCGGAUCAAGUGCUGGAGGCAUGUUCCUGGUGUAGACAACCCAGCAGACGAUGCAUCGCGAGGUCUACUACCAGACAAAUUGCAAUCCUGUGAACGAUGGUGGCAUGGGCCACAUUGGUUGAGCAGCAAACAGGAAGAAUGGCCUAUAAGAGAACCUGCAAUUGAAGAAACGGCAUCAAUAGAAGAAGAACGGGUUACACAAUCACGAAUAGCUGCAAUGUCGAUGGAGGACGAUUUCAACAAUAAGCUAUUUGCACGGUUUUCAACCUACCUCAAACUUCGUCGAACCAUGGCGUAUUGUUUACGUUUCGUGCAAUGCAUGAGGACACCGAAACCCGCAAUUACCUCACCGACAGCCAAGGGUCAUGCUUCGAUUCAGGACAUGAUUAUAUUGAUUGCACCUCCAUCUCGAGACGAACUCAUCCAAGCUGAGCUGCAGUUGUGUCAGUUAGCUCAGCAAGAUUCAUUUGCGGACGAGUUAAAAACGGUCAAAACCGGCAAGGAUGUACCGCGCAAUUCGAAGCUGAAAUGGUUGUCCCCCUUUAUUGAUGAGGCGGGAAUCCUGCGUGUUGGUGGCCGGCUUCACAACGCACAAAUAGCAGAAUACACGAAGCAUCCUAUACUUCUUUCUGCAAAACACCCACUCGCUGCAUUGUUGGCAGUCGCGUAUCACCAGAAGUAUAUGCACACCGGUCCUGAACACUUAUUAUCCAUCCUUCGUGAACGCUUCUGGAUAAUUGGUGGCCGUAAUUUGACCAAGUUGGUUUUCCAUCGGUGUCACAAGUGUUUCAAGGCCAAACCUACACUGGUGCAACAAUCCGUUGCAGAUCUUCCGACAUCAAGGGUUACACCCACGAGACCGUUUGCUGUCAGUGGUGUGGACUAUUGCGGUCCGGUAUUGCUGAAGUCGCCUGUUCGCAAUAGAAGUCCCACCAAGGCAUACAUCGCCAUCUUCGUGUGCUUUGCAACACGAGCGGUCCACAUUGAGUUGGUGAAUGAUCUCACCACGGCGGCAUUUUUGGCAGCACUAAGGCGCUUCGUGGCUCGCAGAGGCAAAAUCGCGGAACUGCAUUCGGAUAAUGCUACUACGUUUAAGGGGGCUGCACACGAACUUCAUCGCCUCUACGAGAUGUUUAAGUGCAGCAAUAGCGAACGCAUCGAAAUCUUCAACUGGUGUGCCAAUGAAGAAAUUCAGUGGAAGUUUAUUCCACCUCGAGCGCCACACUUCGGAGGACUGUGGGAGGCUGCUGUACGAUCCGCUAAACAGCACCUAAUUCGCACGAUAGGAAGUACGAGCCUCACUCAGGAGGGAAUGGUAAUAUUGCUAGCACAGGUCGAACAAUGCUUAAAUUCAAGACCCCUGAUUCCACUUUCUAGUGAGCCUUCGGACACGCAACCACUCACUCCGGGUCAUUUUUUGGUAGGGUCGAACAUGCUGGCGUUGCCACAAGUUGAUAGGAGUCAGGUGUCAGCCAAUAGAUUGAAGGAGUUUGAUUUGGUGCAAAAGCAUAUGCAGCAUAUAUGGUCGCGUUGGUAUCCGGAAUACUUGCAGCAGCUUCAGGCCCGGGCCAAACGUUUAAUAGUUCCACCAGUGUCGCUAGAAGAAGGGCAAUUGGUAAUCAUAAAGGAAGACAAUAUACCACCUACCUUGUGGCCAAUGGGUAGAAUAACACGAUUGCACCCAGGAAAGGACGGCGUUGUUAGAGUAGUAACACUUCGUACAGCUGCAGGAAAGGAGAUAGUACGCGCAGCAGCUAGAUUGGCAAUCCUUCCAAAUCCAAACAUAGGUGAAGACAAUUAACCUCGAACACCAAAGUUAGGAGGCGAUCAGCGCGAAGCACAUGCGUAAUGUAAACAACCACACCGCACAUACACACGACACGAUACACGAAGUGACAGAUCGACACUUGCAACUUGUACAACACAACACCACACUUGCACAACAUUUGCUAUCUCUGAGGCGAAGUUAGAUCGAGAUACUUCUUCAUUUUCUUAUUUUUUUCAAUUGUAUUUUCUGAAUGUUUAAAGAAAUACUUUCUUUGGUGGCCGGAAUGUUGGAGAUUGAUCAUUUGAAUUUAUUAGUUCGAAUUCGAAAUUCGAACUCAAUUUAGAAAUAGGAUAGGAAAUGAACUCAUAGGCAUAGAUAAGGAUAACAGAAUGAACUCAAAAUGAAUUAUGUAAUGAACUCUUGACAAUUGAAUAUACAGUAGCAAACGGA